AUUGCCGAUGGCUGCAGAUAUAGAGAGAUGGUGAAAUUGGAUAGCCACGCACUCACUAAUUCUAUCACACAUGUUCACACACUCUCUCCCAGGUCUCAGCACUACUAGCUUAAUUUUGCCCAUAUUAUACAUAUAUUCACAAGCACUAUUUAUACAUUUCCAUCAGAAAGGCCACCACAUUCAGUAGACUUCCAACAAAAGAGCUCUCUCUCUCUCUCUCCCCUUUCCUGCUUCACAACAUCUGCAAGAAUAUUUAUACAUUUCCAUCAGAAAGACCACCACAUUCAGUAGACUUCCAACAAAAGAGCUCUCUCUCUGUCUGUCUGUCUGUCUCUCUCUCUCUCUCCACUUUCCUGCUUCACAACAUCUGCAAGAAUGGAAGGUGGGGGGAAUGAGUAUAAGAAAGGUCUUUGGACAGUGGAGGAAGACAGAAUUCUAAUGGAUUAUAUCAGGGAGCAUGGCAAAGGCAAAUGGAAUCGUGUCAAUAAAGUCACAGGAUUGAAGAGGUGCGGCAAAAGUUGCAGAUUAAGGUGGAUGAACUAUCUAAGUCCCAACGUGAAGAGAGGUGACUUCUCUGAGGAAGAAGAUGACCUCAUCAUUCGACUCCAUAAACUCCUUGGCAACAGAUGGUCCUUGAUUGCGGGACGUGUUCCUGGAAGAACUGACAACCAAGUCAAGAACCAUUGGAACACUCAUUUGAGCAAGAAGCUUGGUGUCAAUUCAAAGAAGGGAAAGACCAAAGCCAAGACUUAUCCCGACUUAGAACGAGCAAAAAAGAACUCCUGCACGCCCUCGUCAAACUCAAACUCCGAGUUGCAGCCACUUCCCAAUUCUGAUUCCAAUUCUAAUAUAUUUGGUGAUGAUGAAGUUGCAGCUGCCAUUGAUGGAUUUGAUGAUGAGAUAAUGAACAUCAAGGACAAUAAUAUUGGCACUAAAAGUGGGGUUGGUUUUAGCGACAUGUGGGAGGCGAUGAUGAUUGGCAAUGACCUUAAUCUAUAUAGCUCUUAUUUAUUGGACCCUACUCUGGAUGAUCACUACCCUUUUCAAUUUGAUCAUUUGUAGACUUUAUUAUUGUAUUAUUGUAUAUCUUUAAUCUUCAUUUUCACUAAUUGAUAAUCUAAUUUAUUUUUUGUUAA